GAUAGGGGUCGAGGGAACGCAAGCGCCUCCAGCGAGGCAGGCAGCCAAUGACGAGACCCAGCAGCCCCUUGUCAGGGAGUGGGCGGCGCUUCGGCCUUUGGCGCGGUGGGAGUAGGGCAGGCGCUAUGUGAGGGAACGUCACAGCGAGGCGGCGAGCCGAGUUGGUCGCGUGAGGUGUGGCAGCUCCACUUCAAGUGUGGCUGGUGGCGACGGCCUGGCGGAGAGCCGAAGCCGUGUACUUACCUGAGCUUUGAGCGCGGUCACCAUGGACCGCCCGGAUGAGGGGCCUCCAGCCAAGACCCGCAGGCUGUGGAGCUCCGAGUCCUCUCGGCGCGACCCGCCGCCCCCGCCGCUUCUGCGACUGACCCUGCCUCCACCCCAACAGCGCCUGAGGCUCCGGGAAGAAACCGAGGCUGCACAGGUGCUGGCUGAUAUGAGGGGGGUGGGCCCCACGCUGCCCCCACCACCGCCCUAUGUCAUUCUGGAGGAGGGGGGAAUUCGUGCGUAUUUCACCCUGGGUACUGAGGGUCCAGGUUGGGAUCCUGCUAUCGAGUCAGGGUUCGGGGAGCCCCCUCCCACGGGGACCCUGGAAACAUCCCUCUCUUCCGAAACCUCUGGGGAAAGCCUGGAAAUUGACUUUCAGGUUGCGGAGCCCAGCAGCCUCGCAGUAGAGAAAGCCCUAGAAACCUGUAGCUCAGGGGGGUGGGGGCCUCAGAUGUUAAUCUGUCCUAAGAGGAAGGAGGAGGCUGUCAUCCUAGUGGAAGAUGAGUAUGAGGGUGAAAAGGAAAGUGUGAGGAGGAAGCAUCGGCGUUGGAGGAAGAGAAAGCAGAGGAAGGUGAAGAAGGAAAGCAAAGAGAGGAAUGCCCAGAGGAUGGAAAGCAUACUGCAGGCACUAGAGAGCAUUCAAAUGGACCUGGAGGCAGUGAACAUCAAGGCGGGUAAGGCUUUCUUACGUCUCAAACGCAAGUUCAUCCAGAUGCGAAGACCCUUUUUGGAGCGCAGAGACCUCAUCAUCCAGCACAUUCCAGGCUUCUGGGUCAAAGCAUUCCUCAACCACCCCAGAAUUUCAAUCUUGAUCAACCAACGUGAUGAAGACAUUUUCCGCUACCUGACCAAUCUUCAGGUACAGGAUCUCAGACAUAUCUCCAUGGGCUACAAAAUGAAGCUGUACUUCCAGACAAAUCCCUACUUUACAAAUAUGGUGAUUGUCAAAGAGUUCCAACGUAACCGCUCAGGUCGGCUAGUGUCUCACUCCACCCCAAUUCGCUGGCACCGGGGCCAGGAGCCCCAGGCCCACAAUCACAGGAACCAGGACACCAGCCACAGCUUCUUCAGCUGGUUCUCAAACCACAGCCUCCCAGAGGCUGACAGAAUUGCUGAGAUUAUCAAGAACGACCUGUGGGUUAACCCUCUACGCUACUACAUGAGAGAAAGGGGAUAUAGGACAAACAGAAAGAAGCAAGAAAAGGAAAGUAAAGCCAAUGAUGAAUAUGAAAUGGUGAUCAUGGAGGACACUCAUGAUCUUUACACAAUGGAAGAAGUUCUCAGUGAGAUCUCAGACACUGAUGAAACUACCGACAAUGAGAUCACUCAUGACAUCAAGAUCUCUGACUUCAUGGAGACCACUGACUACUUUGAGACCACUGACAAUGAGAUAACUGACAUUAAUGAGAGCUUGUGUGAGAAUGAGGGUCCAAACAAUGAUAGUGCUGAUGAUAGCGAGACCUCUGACAACAGUGAGCCUAUUGUCAUUGAGGAGAGUCCUGAUGGCAACAAUGAAAACCUGGAAGACAAGAACACCUAUGACAAUGAGUAUCCCAAGAAUGAGAAUGCUGAAGGUGAGAAGAACCUGAAGAGUGACAACCAGCAGAGUAAUGGAAACAACGUAUUCAGCAGUGAUAGUGACAAUGGAGAUGAGGGCAGUGAUGAUGAAGAUAAUGAUGGUAAUGAAGGUGACAAUGAGGGUAGCGAUGACGAUGGAAAUGAGGGCGACAAUGAAGGAAGUGAUGAUGAUGACAGAGUCAUUGACUAUUACAAGAAUGACAUUGAAGUGUUCAACAAGGAUCUGUAUAAUAGCACAAACCAGGAUGACUAUGAGGUAGAGAUCAUCUCUGACGAAUCAGAGGAGGAAGAUGUUAGUGAAGCAGACAGCAUGCAAGGUGAAGACAGCUAUGAAGAGGAACAAAUCUUUGAGGAAGGAGGAAGUGAAGUCGACUCAGAAGAUUCUGACAUCCAGGAGUUGCUGCAGGUCCCAAACACCUGGGCCAGCCCAGGGAAGAAGGGGAAAACUGGCUAAACACCUGAGUCUUUGGGGCUCUCUCAGUAUCGCCCCUCCCCUGCCCCAUUUGACCUCCUCAUCAGCUAGGGCUUGGCAGUCCCCAGAUUGCACUUAUUGGGGGAGGGCUGCUGACUUCUUACACGGGUUUAAAGGCUAUUUUUAUGGUUUAGUAAUUGCAGAACUCGUAUUUGGGAGGAUUACCCCUUUUUGGCUCACCUCUCCCUGCAGGCUUGUGUGUGCUGCUAAACAUAUUUAUUGUGAUGCCUUGGUUUAGGGCCCCUCCUAGCCCACUUCUCCUCAAUAGCAUUGGCCUCAGUCCCUCCCCCGUGCUGUGUGGACACCCUGAUCCCCAAGUUGGGAGGGCCGCUGUGGCCUUUGCCGCGGCAGCACAGUGGUCUCAAGGCUCUGGCUGCUACCCUCUUCUCCCAAGUGUCCCCUUCCAGCCCUCUUCUUCCCUCCUUGCUGUGCCGCUAGUCUGCCUCGGUGUCUAUGCAAGGCCAUUUCGUCACUGCGGUAUUCCACCCAGCCCCUCCCACCAAGGCCUCCUCUUUCUCUGUGAACCCAGAUGAUCCUAAUAAAACUGAGCAUAUUCAAA